AUUCACAUACCAAACGCCAAAGCAGAGUGUUCACACCGAGAAGCCACUCUGACCAUUGGAAAGACAUUGGAGAGACCAGAGUUUGGGGAUCGCAAAUAAGUAAUUGGCUUUGCGCAUGCACGGUUAGCGAAUUAAACAAAAAAUGAAUAGAGUCUAGAGUACUAGACUACAACCACAGAUGGGAGACUGAAUUCUCAUUAUAUUGGUAACUGCAGAACUCCACGCUCAGUAAAUAAGGGUGUGUACAAUACACGUGUGAUCACUGUUUAUUCCUGGAUGGUUGACAUUGGAAAACACCCAACCGUUUGCUCAACCUAGUUGUACGAGAUACAGUUGAAUCGUCUAGAAGUGCAAGCCGAUACAUCUGUUCACAGGCUCCAGUCACCGUACAGGAAACAUGGACGUGAAAGCCAAUCCAUUUGAUGACGGAGAUGCCGUCCAGAAACUCGGUCCCUUGGCAGAAAGAUCUGAGGAGUACAAGAAAUGGUUACUGGGGGUGUUGAGAAGUAACAACUGCCAUAGGAUACUAGAUGCAGCGUGUGGAACAGGUGUAGAUUCCCUAUUCCUAAUCGAGCAUGGCAUGGAUGUAGUAAGUUGCGAUGAUGCUGAGGCGAUGCUUAGUUACGCAAGGUCGGAAAAGGAACGGUUAGAACUCAAAGACUGGGUUGUCAAACAAGCGAACUGGCUGACAUUAACCGAAGACCUACCAUCUUAUGAACCAUUCGACGCAGUGCUUUGCUUGGGGAGUUCCAUUUUACACCUCGUUGAUCUACCGCCAGCGCUGACCCUCCAUCGGAAAUGUUUGACCAACUUUAAGAAGUUCUUGAAACCAGGGGGCUUGCUGUUGAUUGACCACAGAAACUUGGAUUCGAUGCUUGAUCGCGGAGUAGUAGUGAACAGGAACGUUUAUCAUAAGGAUGACACUCUGCCCAGUGUAUCAAUCGAUGUGAUAGAAAAGGAUGGGGUUCGGCAGCGGGUAGACAUUAUCUACGAUAUGGUUGUCAAAUGUGAAGAAACAGGGAAAGACAAAAUAGAAAAGGUAACAAUGCCAUUAGCGCCAGUUCACGUCAACACAUUCAGUAGCUUACUCAAAGAGAUAUUUGGACCAAACUGCAAGUACUCCCUCUACGGCGACCUAAAUCUUCAAGAGCAAGGUGAUACAGAAAAUACGGUAUACUUUCAGCACGUGGUAUACGAAUGUAUAAGAGAGUAAUGUAUAGAGUAAUGAAGCGAUGACGUCAGUUGUCAUGGUGUCAUGACGGGCUGGUUCUAAACAAAUGAAUCCGGAAUGAUCGCUUGCAACCUAAUGUUCAGAUAAGCCAAAGUUAUUUGCCAAUACAAAUGUGUACAGACGAUCGUCAACUGCGACUCUGUUUAGAACCAGCCUGUCAUGACACCAUGGCCGCCGUGCAAUGGAAAAUUAAAUUUGCAUGCAGCGAAAAACGGAUCAAAUAUUGAAUGGCUUUAACCAAUCAAAUAAUCAUAAUCUUUGUAUAAGCUGUAUAGUUUAUAAUGAACAUAGAUUCCUAAAGUGGCUGGCCAUUCUCCAAAAUGGUUCCAAAAUAACGCGAUACAUGUCAGACCAAAAUGUCUCGACAACGUGAUUUUGUGUACAAACAUCACGCAAUAUUUUAAAAUCUGUGUUCUAUCGUUGUCAUCGAGCGCCGGUGCAAACUUAGCAAAAUCGGUGCAUCGAUUAAAAAAAGACUGUUGCGAAGGAAAGAAAUACGGCUGUUUCGAUUGGUACACACAAUCAUCAAAAUAAGCAGUAAUGUCUAUGUUAACAACUACUUGAAUUAUAUUCCCCAAAUAAAAUAUAUUGUGUAAUUAUGAUGCCUAUUCGCUAUCAGUUUGACGUUUAGUUUGAUCCUAGUUCCUAGUUAGAGUCUUACGUUUAUGCUUAUGCUGAAAUGAUAUAUUCACGAUGAAUCGAUUUUAUCGUCAUCGACAAAAUUUGCGCAUUUUAUAUAUAUUUAAUUUCCCGAGCUUUUAUUUUCUUGUAAAAAAAAAAUAAUUAAGAGGUAUAAAAAAUAACUCUUAAUUGAUUUCCGCAUUCAUCAGUCUAAUUAUAGUGAAGUAAACAUCUGUAAAAUUUCGAUUUCCACAUGAUUUCUUAGUCGUCUCUUUGUUUUAUUUACUUUGAAGAUAUUGGAUUUACUUUCAUGGACAAUAGUGAUUUUAUAAGUGAUUCAGUAUUGCUACCUCUGGAAUAACUGAAAUAGAAUGCAAAUAAAGCAAAGUUGGUAUGCAUGUAUGCAUCUCGAUAUAUAUUCAUUGGUUACAGGGUUCUAUUUAACUUAUACUUACAUAUUACCAUUCUUCAUGUCAAUGUACCUUCGUUGUUGUUUGGGAUUAUUCUACUAUUGUAUAUUCUUUUUUGCUAUUAGGCUUCCCAUUUUCUUUUUAUAUAAAAUUGUAGUUGUUAGGUUUAUCCUAAUGAUUUUAAUAUUUUUCAUUUAGUUUCGACGAUUAUUCACUUAAAAUAUAUUGUGUUUCUCUUUUUGGUAGCACUCCUUAGCAUAUUUGUAUGUUCAUUUGUACAAUGUAUUUUUAUAUCUUGAUCAUUUCAGGACACAGUUGUAUUUUUCCUAACUGUAACGGCUUCACUGAAAUAUAAAACUUAAAUUAGUAAAUAUAUAUGU